AUGUAUGGUCGACCAACUGCCUCUCGACAAGGGCCGCCUGCUCCUUUCGUUCCUGCUUCACAACAACAAAGAGGUGCAAGAGCCAUACCAAUCAUUUCUCCUUCAAAUGAUGCUUCACCUGAAACAAAAGUAGCAUUUGCAAAACAACUUGCCACAAAUAAUACCGGAAAUGUGAAUGGAGCUACAGCCACCAGUCCUGCCAAAGGAGCACUAUCAGCAAAAGCGGCAAGUGCUGCUGUCUUUAUUCCAAAAGGUAUUUCUACUCCUUCAACCGCCAAUGCAACACCUGCUUUGCCAACAACCGAAAAUGCAUACGAUGAUCAACAAGCCAACAAUAAUGCUAUGAUGCACGACAUGAACAUCAAUGGACCACAAGAGCAUUAUCAUCAAUCUCCCGCUAUUCAAAAUAACCUCUUUCUGGGAAAUGAAAGUGGACGUGGUACACCCAAUUCGUUUGGUGUAGGAGGUGGAUAUGAUACAGAUGGUUCAAAUAGCAUGUUCGAUCCUACCUACAUGGGGCCUCUCCCCAACCAACAAAAUUCACAAGAGACGCAGGGAUCUGGAAAUGCAAACAUGGGUACCGCUGCAGGACAGCCUCAAGGAGGAAAAGCUUAUAACCCCUAUGAACAUCUGAACGAGUACGGAGAGCCAACGAAUGGCGGUGCAUUGAUGCCAGGAGCAGGACAGAUGGGUUUGGAUUAUUACGCAUCUUCGGGUCAACAUGGAAAUGCUUCUGCCAGUGUCAAACUACGGCAGCCAUUGCAAUAUCAUCUCUACAAUCCGCCUAUGCCACACGUUUCCAAUCUUCAUCCUCAACAUUUGAGCGCGAAUGCAUUCUUUAUGAGCGAUGAGGAAAGGGAGGAAUUGCAACGCAAAAAUGAGGCAUUGCAUGCUGGUGUUCCUCCACCAGAACUUGGCGGUCCAAAGCUACCAGAAGAACUGCACGUCUAUCAUUCCCUUGUGCCAUUGGAACAUGGUCAGAUCGCAGGCAUGCAGGGAAGCAGCAUCGUACCGCAAUUGAUCAAUCCACGACUUGUUUCGCCAACCGCGCCUCAAACAGUAUACCAGCUCACAGGUGCAACAGGCGAAGCAUCACGAGUAUUUGGAUACCGUUGUCAUGUAUACAAAGCGCAAUGUACGCUUGAUGGCAAGUAUUACGUUUUGAGACGAUUAGAGAACUUCCGUUUAAAUCACGAAGCAGCGAUCGGAUUGGUGGAAAGAUGGAGACGGAUUCGACAUCCCAGCAUCGUUAGUGUGCGGGAAGCUUUCACUACCAGGGCUUUUGGAGAUUCUUCGAUCGUUUUUGUGUACGAUUAUCAUCCGUUGGCCGCCACGCUCUAUGCCGAACAUAUGAUCGCCAAACCACCCCAACCUGACCGAAGAACGGGAAGAAUGCAGACGAGAUCUAUGCAGAUUCAUGAAAGAGUACUUUGGAGCUACCUCUGCCAACUUACAAAUGUUGUUCGAGCCAUUCACCAACAUGGUUUAGCGGCAAGAUGCAUCGAACCCAGUAAAGUUCUGCUAACGGCAAAGAAUCGAAUUCGCAUUAAUUGUUGUUCGAUCUUUGAUGUGAUUGCAUAUGACCCAAAUGCAGCCCAAUCCGCAUUGCAAAAUCAUCAAGCAGAAGAUCUGGUCAACAUUGGCCGAUUGAUCUUGUCAUUGGCAUGCAAUAGCGUCUCGGCAGUGCAAAACAUUCAACGUUCUUUGGAUCAAAUCACUCGCGUAUACAGUGCAGAUUUGAAGUCUGUCAUUGUCUGGUUAAUCUCACCCAGUGGAAAUGCCCCGAUGCCAACGUUAAACAAUAUCAAGAUCACAUCGACAAAAGAAGAGAAUGAAGAAGGAAACAAGACUGCAGAAGGAUUACAACGUAUUCUAGGUGUGAAGUAUUCGGAAGAGUUUGAUAGUGCAUUAAAUCAUAACGAUUUACUGGAAUCAGGAUUAGGAAAAGAAUUGGAAAAUGCAAGGUUGGUAAGAUUGUUGUGCAAAUUUGGAUUUAUAAAUGAAAGGCCGGAAUUCGAUCAUGAUCCACGUUGGUCAGAAUCAGGAGAUCGUUAUAUCGUAAAAUUGUUUAGAGAUCACGUUUUUCAUGCUAUCGAUCCUGCCGGUCGACCGGUUGUGGAUUUAACACACAUCCUUACAAAUUUGAACAAAUUGGACGCUGGAAGUUUGGAAAAGAUUAUGCUCACUUCGCGUGAUGAACAAAGUUGUUUGGUUGUCAGUUAUCGAGAAAUCAAGAAUUGCAUCGAUUCAGCUUUUGCCGAUCUUUCACGUUCUCGUUGA